CAGUCGCCUGUCUGUCUGUCGGACGACACUGCGGACCACAGCGGGCUGACCUAAAGGUGCUCAUCUGCAAGACCCGGGGACUGGAGGCUGCAAACAUGGUGAAAAUUACCGUAGUGAAGACGAAAGCCUACUCGGACCAGAAGCCCGGGACGAGCGGCCUGAGGAAGAGGGUGACGGUGUUCCAGCAGAACCAGCACUAUGCGGAAAACUUCAUCCAGAGCAUCAUCUCGGUGAUCGAGCCCGCGGAGCGCCAGGCGGCCACGCUGGUGGUGGGAGGAGACGGACGCUUCUUCAUGAAGGAGGCCAUCCAGCUGAUCGUGCAGAUCGCUGCUGCCAACGGGAUUAAUCACCUUGUAAUUGGUCAGAAUGGCAUCAUGUCCACCCCAGCCGUCUCCUGUGUGAUCCGCAAGUUAAAGGCAGUCGGUGGUAUCAUUCUCACAGCCAGUCACAAUCCAGGUGGUCCCAGUGGAGAUUUCGGCAUCAAAUACAACAUUUCAAGUGGAGGUCCUGCUCCCGAGGGCAUAACAAACAAAAUAUAUGAUAUUAGUAAAGGCCUGCAUGAGUAUCACAUCUGUCCAGACCUAAAAGUGGAUCUGGCCAAGAUUGGCAAGCAGACCUUUGAAGUGGACACUUUCAAGCAGUUCGUAGUGGAGAUUGUCGAUUCAGUUGAAGCCUAUGCUGAGAUGCUUCGGGGCAUCUUUGACUUUCAUGCACUCAAGGAGCUUCUCUCUGGAGCCCACCACAUUAAAGUGCGACUGGAUGCUAUGCAUGGAGUGGUUGGUCCUUACGUCAAGAAGAUCGUGUGUGAGGAGCUGGGUUCUCCUGCCGACUCAGCAGUCAAUUGUGUCCCCAAGGAAGACUUUGGUGGCCACCACCCUGACCCCAACUUGACCUACGCUUCCGACCUGGUCAAUGCCAUGAAAGGAGGAGAUUAUGACUUUGGAGCCGCCUUUGAUGGUGAUGGCGAUCGCAACAUGGUGUUGGGUAAACACGGUUUCUUUGUGAACCCCUCAGAUUCUGUGGCUGUCAUCGCAGCCAACAUUACUAGCAUCCCAUACUUUAAGAAGACUGGUGUCAAAGGCCUGGCCCGCAGUAUGCCCACCAGUGGAGCUUUAGACAAUGUGGCUAAAGCCCUGAAGAUGAACCUGUACGAGACUCCAACUGGCUGGAAGUUCUUUGGGAAUCUGAUGGACGCUGGUAAACUUUCCCUGUGCGGAGAGGAGAGCUUCGGCACUGGCUCAGAUCAUAUCCGUGAGAAGGAUGGCUUGUGGGCUGUGCUGGCCUGGUUAUCAAUCUUAGCCGCCAGGAAACAGAGCGUGGAGGAGAUCAUGAAGGAACACUGGCAGAAAUUUGGCAGGAACUUCUUCACCAGGUACGACUACGAGGAGGUCGAGUCAGAUCCUGCUAAUAAGAUGAUCAAGGCUUUGGAGACUCAGAUGUUUGACGCACACUUUAAGGGAAAGAAGUUCUCAUCCGGUGAUAAGAGUUACGAGGUGGCUGUUGCUGACAACUUCGCUUACACAGACCCUGUGGAUAGCAGUGUGUCCAAAAACCAGGGCCUUCGGAUCGUCUUUUCCGAUGGCUCUAGGAUCAUUUUCCGUCUCAGCGGCACAGGCAGUGCGGGAGCCACCAUCAGGCUCUACAUUGACAGCUAUGAGAAAGAUCACGCAAAGAUUUACCAGGAUCCACAGGUGAUGCUGGCUCCUCUGGUAGACAUCGCCCUGAAGAUCUCUCAGCUCCGGGAGACGACCGGCCGCACCGCCCCGACUGUGAUCACAUGAGCCCUCUGCCACGCCGCCUCCACUCACGAUCAGCAACAGGAUACCUCCACUCUCUCGGGUUUUGAGCUGCCCCAAAAUGCUGUUUUGGCUUCAGUUAUUGACCAUCCUAAAAAUAGAGUUGGAUUUAAAAGGGGAAAUUUACAGUCUAGAUUUAAUGCCAGAAAAUGCACGAGGAGUCCCUGAUGUUGUUGAAAAAUCUGCAGCUUUUGUGUUGCCUCAUGUUCUUCAGGGGCCUGAUAAAUGAUGUAACUUGUAGCUGAUAAGUGAUGUCGACAGCUUUCAAUGACCUACCUGACAUAAAGGCACUGCUACGUAUAGGUUUAUUUAUCAAAAGAGGUUAGAAAAACCUAUUUUUUCACCUCAGUAGCUCAUGCUGUCACUUGUGAAAAGGAAAAACAGUUUUAGAUUCCACAAGAGACAAGUUGAGUGUAGGUUACCUCCUGCAGUUUCUGGAAAUCUCCUUAUGUUACUCCCCGACUCUGUUGCAGAUCCAUAUGAUGUAACACAAGAACUGCCAAACUGGAUCUAAAUCAUCAUUUUGAGGCAACUUCACCUAAAACUUAACUUCACCCUGUCAUGACCUGGUGCCUUUCCUUUUUUUUGUGUUCUUCCAAACCUGUCAGCCUGAACCCCAGCGAGUCCUGAGAACCAACACAGCCACCGUGAAUAAAAGAGCCUUACAUUAAA